CUGGAGCGGCUGAAGUAAACACCGCUCCCUUCCCCUGCUGCUCCUGGCACGGCAUCUCCCGGGGCCGCCUUUCCCGCAGGAAUUUCCCUCCUGGGAGCCGCGCAGGGGUCGAGCAGAGAGCCGAGAGAGCCGGGAACCGAGGGAGAUCCGAGCCCCGAGCCCCCUGCCCCGCGCCCGGCACCAGAGGUAACCAGGACGCGGUGUUUGGCCUCGCCAUGGCCACGGUGGUGCCGGGGAAGCUGAGCCAGCUCCUGCUCAGCGUGAGGCGGCUGCCGGGGCCGCUGUCCCCGGGCACGGUGAGCAGCGCCGAGGUGCCCGCCGUGUUCUGGAAGCCCUACAUCCACCGCGGCUACCGGCCCGUGCGCCAGACCUGGCGCUAUUACUUCUCCACGCUGUUCCAGCAGCACAACGAGGCCGUGAACGUGUGGUCGCACCUGGCGGCCGCGCUGGCGCUGCUGCUGCGCCUGCUGCGCCUCUGGCAGCGCGUGGACUUCGGGCAGGACGCGCACGCCCGGCCCCUGCUCAUCAUCCUGGCCGCCGCCAUCACCUACCUGACCUUCAGCAGCCUGGCGCACCUGCUGCAGGCCAAGUCCGAGUUCUGGCACUACGGCUUCUUCUUCAUGGACUACGUGGGGGUGGCCGUGUACCAGUACGGCAGCGCCCUGGGCCACUUCUACUACGCCAUCGAGCCGGGCUGGCACCGCCGCGUGCGCGGCUUCUUCCUGCCGCUGGCGGCGGCGCUGGCCUGGCUGUCCUGCGCCGGCUCCUGCUACGCCAAGUUCCGCUUCCACCCGCGCUGCGCGCUGCCCGGGCGCCUGUGCCAGGAGCUGCCCUCGGGGCUGGCCUACCUGCUGGACAUCAGCCCCGUGCUGCACCGCCUGGCCACGGCCGCGCGCCCCGACCCCGCCCUGCUCUACCACAAGUGCCAGGUGCUCUUCUUCCUCCUGGCCGCCUUCUUCUUCUCCCACCCCUACCCCGAGAAGUGGUUCCCGGGCCGGUGCCACUUCGUGGGGCAGAGCCACCAGAUCUUCCACGUGUUCCUGGUGCUGUGCACGCUGGCGCAGAUCGAGGCCGUGGUGCUGGACUACGAGUCCAGGAGGGAGAUCUACUCCUCCCUGCAGCGGGGCCUGGCUCACGACUUCUCUGCCCUGUUCCUGCUCACCGUCGCCUGCUCCGUCCUCACAGCCGCCUACAUGGCCCACAGGGUGAGGCACAAGCUGGGCCUCAAGGAGGAGUAAAGGGAAAAUGAGCUCGGCCCAAACCCAGCCCCCAGCCCCCAGAUGCUGCUUCAGGAACUGUUAUUCAGCAAGUGCUUUCUGUAAGAAUGAGAGAUGCUUUAAUGCCUUUUUAAUCCAGCCUAAGUUCCAGCUUGCUCACAGAAUGGCACAGGGUUCAGUUCAGCUCUGAAUAAACAGUUGGAACAAAGUGUCGGCGUGCCCUGAUGGGCUGGGGAGGCGCUGGGAAUCUGCCAGGGCUCCCAGCACGAGAUAAGGAGAGGCCAUCUGGCCCCUGUCAGACUCCACACCAUGGAAACAGACCAGGGCGAGGCUGGUUAAACCACUGAGCCCCUCACGCUGCGAGCACCCAGAGCUGCGGGGAGGAAGCAGAGCCUGGGGCUGCUCCCACAGCCCGGCAGCGGGGACAGCACCAGCCCCGGGCACAGCAUCAACCCCGGGCACAGCAUCAACCCCGGGCACAGCAUCAACCCCGGGCACAGCUGCAGCUCCUGGCAGAGCUCCAUCCUCAGCUUCUUCAGCCCCCAGCCAGAUGACAAAGAGAACAUCGGGCCCGCUGCUCCCUGUGAGGAACCCCUGGUGAAGAUCCUGCCCCUGCCCCAGCUGGAGGGAGCCC